AUGUCUUCACUAGCUCGCUUUCUCCAGCCUCUACCGGCUGCGAGGCGAGCCUACUCCUCAUUCUUCUCAUCCAAGCCGGGCGGUGGGCGAUAUUUCAACUCUGCGAGGCCGACAAAAACUGUCGUAGCAGGUGGCGUUGCAAAGAAGAGCAACAGAGGGACUCGAGGUAUUGUCGAAUCCGGAUCGUCAGCUGGUGAGGCGGCCAGUGAAGCAGUUCAGGCUGCACAGGGAGAAGAUGCAUCAGGUAGAAGUGCUCAGAUUGUGAAGGCAGCGGAUACGGAAGAUCCUUCCACCAACCGGACCGCGUCGUCGUCCUCUGGUGACGGAAGCUCACCAACAUCUCCCACAGGGCCGUGCGAUGAACCGACUCGACCAUUUUCUCUUUACGAAUCCAGUCAUCCGCAUCCGGUGAUAGAGACGCGAGACUUCAAGCUCCAUCAGUUUUUCUCUCUUCAUCGACCUCUUCUUUUGCUCUCGGACCCUGCUUCGAUUUUGCAGACUGCCCCUAUGAUGGGGCCGCUUUACCCAACAGAAGGAGCGGCUGCUGUGAAUGGGUCUGAAGCACGAUCACCAGGGGCCGAGUUCAUGGAAACCGUGGCUGAUGCGGACGCUGAUGCUGCACGUCAACUGACUCGUGCAUUGACGUUGUCCCUGGCAGGCAGUGCAGUUGCAUGGGAGAACACGCUUAGGCGUCUGGGCUUGGAUGUAAAUGCACAACCGGAUCGAAUCGGUUCGCAACGGGAGAUAAGGAAAGUCUGGAGAGACAUUGUUAUGGACAGCGUGAAGAGGAAGAGGCGAAAGAAGAUGAAGAAACACAAGCGGAAGAAACGAAGAAGAUUGACCCGUGCUUCAAGGCAAAGAUCGUCAUAAUUCAAGUCGUAGUCUAAUGUAUCGACGGUCAGUGGAUGCAAGGUCCUUAGUCGCUUGCUAUCCGUAGUUGUAGACCCAAUAUCACAUCUCAUGAAUUCCGCUACAAUUCAACAUUGAUUUAUAUUUCAUCUGCAUGCUUGGAUAUUCAAGGGUGCCUACUGGGUAGUUGUUCUGCUGUUACUGUACCAGCAGUCUUUCGAAUACUCGGUAUACAGUCAUAAUAAGUAAAUAGUCAGAAAUAUUCGUGGUCGCCGC